CAGCCCCACCUGGCCUUCAUAGCAAACCUAGCAUAGACCCACACACACAUCUACUAGAGAGAGCCGUGCUCAGAGCUCACAUCCACUGGUCUGGCUAGCCUUCACCCAAGAACCCGUUGAGGAGAUCUCUUCAAGACGACAACACUUCAGAGGUGGAUUGAACACAUAACCACCUGCACAAAAAAAAACAGCUAACUACUAACCAUGAAUCUCGAGGUCCCCAAGUUGGAGAUCAAGUCUGCCACCCGUGUCACCGGGGGCCCUGCCACGCCACGCAAGGGACCCCCUAAAUUCAAGCAGAGACAGACUCGCCAGUUCAAGAGCAAGCCCCCCAAGAAGGGAAUCCAGGGCUUUGGUGAUGAUAUCCCUGGAAUGGAGGGUUUAGGCACUGACAUCACAGUCAUCUGCCCCUGGGAGGCCUUCAACCACCUGGAGCUUAGCGAGCUGGCCAAGUAUGGUAUCAUCUAAAUCUUUCAGACCUCCACCAUCCAUCCCACAAUCCUCUACUUCCACCUCCAUCUACUUACAACCAAAGAUUGUGGAUACAUGAAGAUAGUUCACUCAAGCAGUUUACUAUUGUAAAAAAUAUCUGUGGAAGUGGGUGUUCCCUCUCUUUCGUGAGCAUGCUUUGCCACGUAAGCUCACAGUUCCUCCAUAAUAACUGGCAUGUACACACGAGAAAGGAAACAGCUGGCUCUGGUUUAGUUAUUGUCUCUGAGCUAGAGAGAUGUCUCACUCUGGGGCACCCCCUCCGGCAGGGUGGGGGCAAUAAUUAGACCAGAGCGUCCCCACCCCAAUCAGCAACAAAUGAAGGUGGGAUGUGUCACUUUCUCUACCGUCUCUGUUCAAACCAUCCAUCUGCCCCCAGCCCUCUCACUGUGUUUGACUGAAACUAUCAAAACAUAUACCAAAGUGAAGAACCCCCCCCACCCCUCCCCCCAAAAAGGAAAGCGGUACAGAAAAUAACCGUCUCCAUCUUUAACUGGUUUCUUCUUUUGUUUCUGCGGCUGCCAAAGUUCACAUACAACAUGUCUGCUCAUGAUUAGGACUCUGUUCUGGUAUCUGUCUAUCUUUAUCAGGUUUGCAGCGAUAUUCUAUCUAGGAUUAACCAGCAGCCAUUUUCCUUUUUUCUCCUCCCCUGUCUCCAAGUGCUUCUCUUCUUCUAUCCUCUAUUUUGCUCCUCUUCUUCAUGGUACACAACUUUCAAUUUACAAAAAGCAAUGCCGUCUCAAAGGUUGAGUAAACAAACAAGUGACAUACCCGUGAAAUGGGUGGGUUCUCAUUUCACGUGCCUCGGCACUUCUUUUAUCACCAUAGAUGAAAUCUGUCAUCGAUGCCGAAUAUCACACAUAUAAAAUCUGAUUCCUGUAGAGAUGACAGUUGCUUGUCAUGGCUGAGCAUAAUCUGUAGUCUGUCACUGGUACAAUGUGGAUGAAACAACAUCAUCCUCCUCCCCCUUUCCUCUCCCUCAGGAUCCCCAAUCCUUCGCUGGUACACACACGACUUUUAACAGAACAAGGAUUCUAUCAUUCUAUCGUCCUGUUUAACUCUGGCAUCCUUAUUUUCCACAUUUUGUAUAACAAAGAAGAAUUUGUGACUAUCUUUAUUAUGUAACGUAUAUUUUAACUAAGUAUUCUCAGGGAUAUGAACUUGUUUUAUGGCUUGGGAAAAAACACCUUGUCAUUGGCAAUUUUGGCUCUUGCUGUCUUUACUUUUUACCACAAGCAGCAUAAUAGACAUUGAAUGGAGAUUAAUGAGUGUGCAACAUUACUACAACAGAUGCAGAUUCCCCCACAAACCUCAGAUGUCAAAUUCGAUUUCUAAUUUGAUUAUCACCUGAUAAUCUACCAUACUAGGUCACUGUGAUUGGGCAGCAGUAGUGAUGUCUUGUGUAAUCUAGUUUAGGUUACCUUCCCCAAACCUCAUGUUGACGUCUCUUUGUCACUUUAUUUAGCUGGGCAUGUCAUCGUUAUUUCAUGAACUUUCUCUAUAAUUCAUUCAUUCCAUCCAUAAUUUCAUCUCAUUCCACAAUUAUCAUGCUUACCAUCAUUUUGUUUGCUUGUGUUUCACUGUAGUCUCAUAUUUGUAUCGUAUUUCUUGAGAUCAAUGUACACUUAUGUAUACAUUGUGGCCAGUCACAUUUUAAUAGCAUAUAUAAUGUAUAGAUUUAUUUUAUUUUUGCAUGUUCUCUGUCUUUUACUUUGUCCAUCGCAUGUUGGCAUUGUGUCUUGUGUAUAUUGUGGGUGUUGCACACUUAUUUUAUCAUUAUGUCAUCUUUUCAUUAUGUCCGUUUUAUUUUGUACUUGUCCAUUUGUAGUUUGUGUUGUGUAAUCAUUGUAAAGACCAUCUUUCCUCAUCAUUAUCUCUCUAUCAUCUCAUCCAUAAUUCGUUGUGUUCUCACCAGAUAGCCUAGUGUUUCAUCAUCAUUGUAGUUGAUCAGUUAAUUGAAUCUCUAGACAGAACAUUGACCUCCACAUUCCUUGGACCAGCCUGCACUGAUACUGGCCUACAGAGUGUACAUUCUUAGUUCUAUGCCCAAUUAUGUCACUGAUUUGCAAUAUGUUAUACCAGCUGAAGAAUAACUUUUUUAAAUGCCCUUAACUUAUUUUAUCUUACCAUUUUUCAUUCUUCUCCUUUUCUGGGAAAUGAGUUGAAGGCCAUGGAUAGCCUACAAAAGCUAGUUUGUGUUGGAAUCCUCACGCUGACAGUGAAAAGUUACUUGAGGGGUUUGUCGUCUUGCAGGAUGGAUGUCCACGUUGUCUCAGUUUCUUGUGAAUGUAAAAUUAGUAGCAGUGAAUGAAUGGUAAGAAAUAAGGGAUGAGGAAGAUGGAUGCUUCAGCUGCCAACAUAGGCUACUCAUGUCAUCAGAGCUCUGUCCUUUGUACAGGAUCAAAUCAAAAUAAAGCUAAAAACAAAAGGAAAAUAAA